GAAAAAAGCCAAGAGAGAGAGAGAGAGAGAGAGAGAGAGAUGAGCUUUAUCUUCACAAAAGUUGCCGACGUUCUUAAAUUCUACUGCAAACGUAGGAUUAUACCAUGAGGCAUUCAUGUGAUCCAUGGUGUUGAAACAGGCCGCCUCCUCAUCCUCUCGAGGAAGGAACUCUUCUCUGUCGUAACCCACAGCAGUUAUUAUAUCCACCUGACCCGCCCCAUGAACGACUCCCUAUUCCUUCUCCAAUGUGUACUGCUCCUCCUCCCACUGACCGUCCUCACCACAACCCGCCUCUCCGUUGCAGGAGCCACCGAGUCCACGUCUCAGCUCCACGGCAUAGAGCUCCUCCUGAACCUAAGAGAUCGCUGGAAGGAGUCCAUACAAAGGGAGGCAAGCCUGGGCUACCACACUAUCAUCUCGUGUGUUCUCUGCUUCAUCGCUGCCUCUGUUUCGAGUGCAGGAGGGGUCAGUGGCGGUUCUUUGUUCCUCCCCAUCCUCAAUCUGGUGGCCGGACUAGACCUGAAGGUAGCCACCACUUACUCGGCUUUCAUGGUCACAGGGGGUUCCUUAGCCAAUGUUCUGUACAACGUCAUCCUCACUAACCAUGGCCCGGAAGCAGCCAAAAAGCCUUUGAUCAAUUAUGACAUUGCGCUCCUCUCGCAACCCAGUAUGCUGGCAGGGGUCAGCCUGGGGGUCAUCUGUAACAUCAUGUUCCCGGAGUGGCUCAUUGUCGUCCUAUUUGCCGUCUUCCUUGCAUGCUCGACUUACAGGACAUGCAAGGCCGGGCUUAGGUGCUGGAACUCUGAGACCCAAGAGAUGGAACGAAGUGAUGGUUGCGGAUGGGAGGGGAAUGGAGGUGCAGAGGGUGCGAAUGGCGGCGUGGAAGAGGCUCUCCUGGGCGGUGCGCCAGAGGGCAGGAUGAUGAGGUUCCCUUGGGAGGAUACGGUGGUUUUGGCGAUGGUGUGGGCCUUAUUUUUCCUUCUGCAUCUUCUCAUAGGAGGCAAGCAUGGCAAGGGUGCAAUGAACUUAAAACCAUGUGGAGUUGCCUAUUGGUCGAUCACAUUUUCUCAGGUUCCUCUGUCAAUUGCUUUCACGUUAUAUGUUCUGUAUGAGAAAAAGAAGAAGAAGAAGAAGAAGAAUUGUCGUCAGCAAGAAGAAGGCGAGGACAAAGUAGGAACAGGGAUGGCGGCACUUCCCAUGUUUGUCUUUCCAUCGGCGGCACUAUCAGCAGGGGCUUUGAGUGGCCUCUUUGGCAUUGGUGGAGGAUUGCUCCUGAACCCCGUGCUUCUUCAGAUUGGGAUAGCUCCUCAGACUGCAGCAGCAACGAGCACUUUCAUGGUGAUGUUCUCGGCCUCGAUGACCGCCCUUCAGUAUGUAAUCCUGGGCAUGACGGGAAUCGGUCGAGCUUCGGUUUACGCAGCGCUGUGCUUCGUAGCUUCAGCUACUGGUUUGGUGGUCAUGAAAAGAAUCAUAGUGAAGUCAGGCGGCAGAGUGUCUCUUACCGUGUUCACAGUCACGGCGGUGAUGUCACUCAGCACCAUCACCGUAGUUUGCUAUGGCACGGCCGAUGUAUGGAACGAGUACACGAGCGGAAAGUAUAUGGGCUUCAGACCACCAUGCUAAGUUUGCACAGGCCUCGGCUCUGCUAAUUACCAUGUUAAACCCAAACUUUGAGCACUACAGUCCUGGCCUUAAGCUCUUUUCUUUA